AUGGCUCCAGGGACUCAUAACCACGCGCCGUCCGACCCACGACAUAGACGCAGCGGGGCGACCCGGGACCAUAUUGACGAAAACAAUGACCGUGAGCGAAAUGACGACAACCCGGUGAUGAGCGGAGCCGCUGCAGGCGGCCACCGGGCAGUAGACGGCGCGGCACACACAGCAGACACGGCGGGCAAGGCGAUAACAGGCAAAGAAGAGAACCAUGACCGGGGCAUAGGGCAUCGCUUGUCUCAUCUGUUCCAGAGCAAAGAAGGCCGUAAAUGGGACCAUCUUCGGUCUUCGGAACCAGUUAUCGUGCCUCAGUUUCAUGUCGUCAACGGCCCUAUAAAUUACGGCCAGAGUGAGGACGCAGACGAGCCCUACAGAGACAGUAUGAGGCAGCCAAGGGUGGAGAGGAUUCACAGCGAUGGAACGAUCCAGGUAGGGAGAGAAGAGCUCGAAGCAGAUGUCAUCGCGGCGGAGGCUGCGUCCUUGACCCCACCAACAGCGGCGGCAGCAGCUUUACGGCCCGCCUCGACCGCAGCCACACCAUCGGCCACGGCUUCGGGCGCGUCGCCACACGCCAUACCGACACCACAGAAACAGUCGUCAACGACAAGGACCAGACAUGCGUGGUGGUACAACCCUGAGACGCAAUGGCGCAGCUUCAUCGAGUCGUCGCGCUACCCACACUCGCCGAAUGAGAAGUCGGAAGUCAUAGACGAUGAGGAGAUGGCCCGGCUCAACCCUGACUUUGGCUACAACGUUCACCUGCCGCCUAAGGUUGGCGACGGUGACGGGCACUUCCACCACAACAACCGCCGAUCCAAGUACUCGGACAAAGCGUUUUAUGUGCGAAUCUGGCAGACGCUGCUGCACCACCCACUGGGACCGCUCGCCUGCCGUCUGGUCGUUCUGUCCACAUCCCUGGUUGCUCUUAUCAUCGCCAUCACCAUCUUCAAGCGCGAGCGGCUCGGGCGUUUAUUCGGCGAAGGCGACCGGACAAGUACAGACUUUAACAGUGUGUGGCUGGCGAACAUGCAGCAAGAACGAAACCAGAUCAUCGUCGCGAUCGUCGUUGACGUCGUGGCCAUCCCAUACAUUGGAUACAUUACCUUUGAUGACUAUACGGGCAAGCCGCUGGGCCUGCGUCCCCCACAGGCGCGUAUCCGACUCAUUCUUACCGACUUGUUCUUUAUCAUAUUCAAGUCGGCGAGUACGGCACUCGGGUUCGAAGCCAUGGUCUUUUUUAACACCACAUCCAGCCAGGGCCUGCUCAGGGCACUGGGUGCCUUCGAGCUGAUUGGACUAGUGUCGUGGGCUCUGACUCUUACAAUAAAUAUCUUCCGAGAGAUAGAGAGACUUGGUGGAUAA